CAUUGCCACUGGGACAAAGCACAUCCAGUUAGAACUGCAUAGCUAACAUGUCGUCUAUAAUAUACUACAAAUUCUUGCAUCAGAAGAACCAGAGUGUAAUCCACUUUGAUGGUACAGCAAUAUCAGUGUUUGACCUCAAGAAGGAAAUCAUUCAAGCAAACCAAUUGGGAAAUGGUCUUGACUUCAAUCUAACCCUUUACCAUUCCGAACAGCCAGAUUUGGAAUACGAGUUUGACCAAGAUGUCAUCCAAAGGUCAAGUUAUGUAUUAGUCAAACGAAGUCCAGUUAGUUCUAAUAACAAGUUCAAUAAUGCUUCAAGAUAUGUCACUGGUAAACCAAGAAUUAAUAGAAAAAUGCCAACCACUGCGGCUCCUGCAGUUACCACAACUACGCCCAUUGCUAAUACCGAUAACAUCUCUGAAGAAGACCGUAUUAAGCUUAUGUUUGAGAAUCAAUCUAAUGCAUGGGCACAAACACAAGAUGAAUUGGCCCAACAUAAAAUCAUUCACUACAAACCUACCACCACAGGAAAAGAAGAUGCGCCUCCACCAGGGUACAUCUGUUAUAGGUGUGGUAAGAAAGACCAUUGGAUAAAGAAUUGUCCUACAAAUAACGACCCUAACUUUGAAGGGAAGAAAAUCAUGAGAACCACGGGUAUUCCGAAAUCUUACUUGAAAACUAUAUCUAAACAAGAUAUAGAGAAUAAAGCAGAUAGUUUCUCGACUAACGAAAAUGGUGAUGUUGUAGAUAAUGACGGUAACAUAAUUUUAAUCACUGAUGAAGGGAAUUAUGCAGUUGCGUUGGCUGAUUCAAAGACAUGGACCAGUUACCAAGAAAAGCUUGCCAAUGCUACCAAGAAAUCGCAACAAGAGUUUAACGAUAAGUUGAUUAAACUUAUUGAACAAGAUAAUAAGAAGGAAUUUCUUGACCCUUUAGCCGAGAAAAAAGUAUUGGAACCUCCUAUUGUCAUGACCCCUUGUUGUACUGAACUGCUGAAGCUUCAAAAAAUGAAAAAUUUUAACUAUAACCAAGGACUGUUGGAAAGAGUACUUAUUGAUAAUGAUUUCCAUUGUCCAAAUUGUGGUACAGAAGAUACCUUCAUAGAUUCUUUAGUUGAAAACAAAGAAUUGGAGGAACAAUUACAAGAGUAUAUUAAAUCAAAAGAAAGUGAAUUGGGCAAACGGUCUUUGGAAAAUGGCCAAGAUUCAGAUGGAAAGAAGCAAAAACUCGGAGAAUUGCCUAUAAGACCAGACAUGUUCCCAGGAAUGCCACCACCGGGAGUUAUGCCAUUUCCAGGUAUGCCUCCCAUUCCUAUGGGUAUGCCACCCCCACCUAUGUUUAUGCCAGGAAUGCCACCUAUGCCGAUGCCAAUACCUCCAAAUAUACCCCCAACUAAUAACCAACAACAACCUCCACCUAAAUAAGUGUGUGUUGUACAGUGUGUUGUAUAGUGUGUGUUGUAUAGUGUGUGUUGUAUAGUGUGUGUUGUAUAGUGUGUGUUGUAUAGUGUGUAUUGUAUAGUGUAUAUAAUAUGAUGAAACAUAGACACGAUG